GUUACGUCAUCAAUUUGCGACCGGUUUCCAGGGGCGGAGCGACGCGUUGGAAUGGUCGUUAGGGCUGGGAGGUGACGUCACGGGUUUACAGACAGUUGGUCACGGCGGGAGGAUUGAGCUGCGGACUGGGAGCGAUGUCUGGAGUUUGGCAGCACCCGUUUGUGAACGUCUUCAAGCACGUGCAGCUGGAGGAAUGGAAGCGAUCGAGCAAGGAAGGAGACGUCACCUCCCUUAUGGACAGAAGCCUGAAGUGCACUGUGUACAAGAUCCGAGGGGCCAUCUCAGCAGGAAACUACAUCCAGAUCCCCAAGACCAGCUCCCAGAGCCUGGGCCUGACCGGACGCUACCUCUAUGUGCUCUUCAGACCAAUACCCGGGAAGCACUUUGUAGUCCAUGUAGAUGUCAGCGCUGAGGACGGUCAGACCAUCCGAAUCUCCUUCUCCAACCUCUUUAAGGAGUUCAAGUCCACGGCCACCUGGCUGCAGUUCCCGUUUUUGUGUGGAGCAGUGAAGGGCUCAGUGUAUGACAGCACAGCGCAGGGUGCCCGCCAAGGUCUGGUGGGUCCGGCCCCGUCAGGUUCCCGGUGGACAUGUCUGUUGCUGGACCUUCGCUAUAUCCUGUCUAUGUACCUGAGCCGGAGAUACAGCCAUCUAAGGAGCGUCAAGCUGUGCUCGAAUUUACUGGUGAAGAAUCUACUGACAAGUGAUCUGAUCUUCAGUCCUGAGAUGUCUUAUGCAGAGGCACGGCAAUCCAAGUCCUUACAAAAUGGUGUCACUCCGAUGCCCCGGGAGAUGACAUUUCCGGUUCCUAAAGGAGAGAAGUGGCAUGACCUGUAUGACUUUAUAAGGUUUCCUUCAGAUGCUUCCAAGCUGCCCUAUGAUUCCAUCCAGAAGGGACAGAAGUCCUCCGCAGCCCCAGGCGCUCCUCCAUCCCCCAGUCCUGCACGGGAUCAGCCUCGCACUGUCACCGUCAGUAAACCCGUUCAGGACAGAGUCUCUCUCAUCCAGCAGAUCACAACACCUAGACCGCUUCCUCGCCAUAAUCCCCUACAAGUCAACUCCGUCCCUGAGUGCUACCUGUCUGUAAACAGUAGACCGGAAGAGGACACUGAGGGAGAGAGCACAACAGGAGAGGAGGACGAUGGCGGGGUCCAUGUAUACGCACACAGAGGGAGGGAACUCACCAUCCACAGACAUAACGCUGACCAUAAAAAGGUCGUCUGCACCACAUUCCACAGACCAGUGACCUUAUCUGCAGAACCCGAGGAGGGCAAGAAACUUCUGCCUGAUCCAAUCCUGAAACUGAGAAAAAUCAUCGGCUUUGGAGGAUGCACAGAACGCUGUGCUCUGUGGACUCGUGCUGGGUGCUCGGUGGUCUUUCCUUGUCACGCUGUGAUCGUGGUGUUGGACGUAGAGAGUGGGGAGCAGCGCUUCUUCCUGGGUCACACUGACAAGGUGGCAGCGCUGGCAUUCAAUGGCAGCUGCACCCUCCUAGCCUCCGCACAGACUGGCACCCUGAGCAUGGUGCGCCUCUGGGACUUUGAGAAAGGAAGCUGUCUGGCCAUGUUCAAAACGCACGCCAACUCAGUGUCUUCUCUCAGCUUCUCCCACAGCGGCUCAGUUCUAUGUGGAGUCGGGAAAGAUGGACAUGGAAAAAAUAUGGUGGUUGUGUGGAACACGUCUCAGGCUAGCCGUGGUGGUGAGGUGGUCGUCCUGGCGAAGGCUCAUUCAGAUGUAGAUAUCCAGACUAUGAAGAUUGCCUUUUUUGAUGACACAAGGAUGGUGUCAUGUGGCAGGGACAAUGUUCGAUUAUGGAGGGUACGCAGCGGGGCACUUCGCUCCUGCCCAGUUAAUUUAGGGGAGUAUCACAACCUGGAGUUCACAGACCUGGCAUUCGAGGUUGCACACAGUCCUGAGCGAGAACUUGAGGAGCGGACACUUUACGUCUGUAGCCGCAGCGGGCACAUCCUGGAGAUAGACUACAAGAACGUGGCACUGCGUAAUGUGCGCCGCCUGCAGCCAGCUCCGUCCCAACAUGGUGAAAGCCGGGAGAAAAUGACCUUCAAUUCCGGACCUGGCAUUGCAAUAAACAGUCUCUGUGUUUCUGCCACCUACUGCGCCACUGGAUCAGAGGACGGCUACCUGCGGCUGUGGCCCUUGGACUUUUCUUGUGUCUUCCUGGAGGCCGAACAUGAGGGUCCGGUGAGCUGUGUGUCCAUCAGUCCGGAGGGUCUGCAGGUCUUGUCCUGUACUAGGAGUGGGGAGCUUGGAGUCUUGGAUGUUCCUUCCCGAGGAUACCAGACCCUGAUGCGUUCUCACACAGACUCCCUGCUUGCCUUCUCCAUUCACCCCUCUUACCCUCAGCUUGCUACAGUGUCCAGUGAUAAAACCAUCCGUAUCUGGGAUAUGUCCUCCCUGCAGCAGUUGUAUGACUUCACAGCCAACAAGGAGACUCCAUGCACCGUGGUCUUCCACCCCGUCCAUCAGUCCCUGGCCUGUGGCUUCAGCAGCGGGGUGCUCCGCUAUUUUGAUGUGGCAGCGACAGCUCUGCAAGCGGAACACAAGCAGCACAGAGGAGACAUCACUGGCCUUCUCUUCUCUCCAGAUGGACGACUUAUGUAUAGCGCUUGCUCGGCAGGAUCGCUGGCCCUAUACAGCAUUGGGCACAGGGAGCAGCAUGUGGUGCGGGUGCUCGGUAACGUGGUGUGUAAGAAGUCAGAGCAGGGGCCCGGGGCUUUGUGCCUCAGCAGGGAUGGGCGUCUCUUGGCCUUCGUCGGACCUACGGAAUACACGGUGACCGUCAUGGACGGACGCUCCUUAGAUGAGCUCCUGCGGGUGGAUGUCAGUAUACUGGACCUGGACAGCACCAGACUGGACCGUGCCCUGGCACUCACUUUCAGUCCCCUUCGCCCGUACCACCUGCUGGUGUCCACAUCUGGAAACAAGAUCCUGUGGCUGGACCCCAGUACUGGGCGGCUGACUAAGGAGGCCACACAUGUGCACAAAGAAUCCUGCUCCUCGCUGGCGGUGAGUGAAGAUAACCGAUACUUGCUGACCACUGGGGACCGGAUCAUCAAAGUGUGGGAUCACGGUCUGGCGGGAAACAUGCGCCCACAGGUGUUCAUCGGACACUCCGAACCCAUUCAGCAAGCAGAGUUCUCCCCGGAUCAGCAGCAUGUGAUCACCGCCGGAGACGCCAUUUUUAUUUGGGACUUUGAAGCAGCUCCCGACUCUAGUAUGCCAAAUCUCAGCUCUGCAGGGUGUCUGCCCGCUAUCCGGCAGUCCAGCAUGAGGGGACGUUUGCCCCUAUCUCUCCAUUCCAGCGUCGAUUGUGCGGAUCAGAGAAGAGACUCCACAUUCAUCUCCAGUGGCAUGCCGCGGAUGGUGGCCCCUCGUCCUUGUAUCUCCUCCCCUCCUCGCCUGGAUAUCAGCCCCGUGCAGCCUGCAGGACAUACAGAGUCUGAUGAUGGGGAUGAAGAUCUGGGUCAAGUCCUCCAUGAGAGGUCAAAGGUGGAAGAGGUGGACGUCCAAGAUCCAGAGGAAAGUGAUGGCCAGUCAUCUCUGAUCAUCAUAGAGAACCAGCCGAACAGGAAGCAGCUGCCCUGGAGCAGAGGAGGCGUCACCACCAGCGAAGACGGAGAUGUACAGCCGGACCUGCCACGUCCUGAUGUCUACUCUCAUUUCAACCCACGUUUUAAGAGUUCCACCUCCGCCAAGGCUGUGUGCCAUCCUCCAGCCGGGCAGGAGAGGUUGGUCCUUAAAGCAGUGAUUGGGUACAAUGGUAACGGCAGAGGGAACAUGGCGUGGAACCCGGAUACAGGCUUCUUCGCUUACACUUGCGGCUCUGUGAUCGUGGUGGAAGAUCUUCAUUCUGGGGCGCAGCGUCACUGGUUUGGACACCUCGAGGAGAUCUCCACCCUGGCGCUCACCCAUGAUGCUCUGGUCCUGGCAUCUGCUUCCGGCUCCGGAGACGGGUCUUCUCUUUGUCACAUUAGAAUUUGGGACACACAAGAAGGAUCCUGCCUGAAAAUCCUGCAGUAUCACCGCACCGAGGUCCAGGCCAUGAGCUUCUCCAGAGACGACCGUCUGCUCCUCACUGUUGGUGACUACAGAGACGGGACCCUUGCGCUGUGGAGCACCAGGACCUAUGAGAUGCUGGCGAGCAGUAACCUGUCCCAGCCCACGCACGCCGCCAUCUUUAACCCAUCACACGCUGAUACCUUUGCUUGUGUCGGCAGCAGGACUGUGGAUUUCUGGCGGGUGGAGGAGAAUGGGACGUCGUGUCAGAUGAAGGUCUACAGAGCAGCCAUUCCAGAUGAAGUCGGUUCGGCAGAGUUGACCUCGUUGACCUAUAACCCGACCUCCCUGCUGUACGGCGGCUGCAGCACGGGGCAGGUGUGUGUGUGGGACGCCCAGACUCACCGCUGCUUCAUGACCUGGGAGGCGGAUCAGGGGGAGAUCGGUGCCCUGCUGUGCAUGGGGAACAGGCUGCUCACCGGGAGCAACACCCGCAGGAUACGACUGUGGUCUGUAGCCGCUGUGCAGGAGCUGAGGGAGAAGGGCUCCGGGGCCAGCUCUUCCUCCGUGCUCAUAGAACAAGAGAUGACGUUAGAUGGCGCCAUUGUCAGUGCUGUCUUUGACGACUCCUUGGAGAUGGGGAUUGUGGGCACCACCGCUGGCACAUUGUGGUACAUCAACUGGGUAGAGAAUACCAGCAUCCGUCUCAUCAGCGGGCAUCGGAACAAGGUGACUGAUUUAGUGGUGGGUCCGGGGGAGACGCACUGCGCCACGUGCGGGGAGGACGGCAGCGUACGCGUCUGGUCCCUCCACAGCUGCGAGCUUCUCCUCCAGUUCCAAGUCCUCAAUCAGAGCUGCCUGUGCCUGGACUGGAACCGCCACCCGCCUUCCAAUCAGAGGAUAGCGGCGGGGUACAGCGACGGGACCAUCCGCUUCUUCAGCGUGUCCAGGACUGAGAUGGAGAUGAAGCUCCACCCUCACCCGUGCGCGGUAACAGCCGUCGCCUUCUCUAUCACCGGAGAGGUUCUGCUGUCAGGUGGAAAGGACGGUCUGAUGGCGGUCAGCAGCCCGCGGACGGGGAUGACCAUCCGAAUACUGAGUGACCACAAGGGGGCCCCCAUCAGCACAAUCCAGUUCUCACCCAGGAAGCCUGAAGAACUUGGCCAGCAAGGAGGAGAGAUCUGGUUGGCCGCCAGUUCCGAUCGGCGUGUAAGCAUCUGGGCCUCCGAUUGGGCGAAGGAUAAGUGCGAGCUCCUGGACUGGUUGAGCUUCCCGGCUCCUGACAGCGAGAAGGACGCAGAUUCGCCAGUUCCCACCCUCGCAGCGUUCUGUCCCUGGCAGCCUGGCACAGUGGUGUAUACGGGGUUCGGGAUGGAGAAGGAGGCUUUAUUCUACAGCCUGGCACAGAAGCAGGUCCUGCUGAGGAUCCCGCUCUCUCAUUUCGCUACAUCUCUGUCCAUGUCAUCGGCAGCGUCGCUCCUGGUCACAGGUAGCAGAGAGCGCCUCCUGCGCGUCAUCGACUCGUCUGCGAGCACGCAGCAGGACUUCUCCGCCCACGAUGACUGCGUGCACUUGUGCCGGGUGUCGCCAUCGGGAAACCUUCUCUUCACCUCGUCCUACAACCAGGUGCUGGUCUGGGACGUCCAGAACUGCUGAGAGUUACCGUGUGUCAUGUGACCGCGCCGCCCCAUGUGUAUAUAGUUUGUAUUAUAGACAGAACGUUCAAACUUUUUACCGGAAAUUUAAAAAUUCUUAAUUUUUUUAAUUCAAAAAGUUAAUGAAUGUUUUUGUAAUAUAAAUUUUCUGAACAUUUUUAUAAAAACUUAUUUUUAACAGAUUUUUUUGCACUUG